AUGGAGACAGCCUCGAGCAUGGCUCCCGCCACCAACCACCGAGAGUCAUGGGAUUCUCUUUCCUCCACCUUCGCCCACCUUGAGGUUUCAUUCUCGCACGAUAGCUGUUAUGGCUCGGACGAGGUGUCAGUUUCGUCAAAAACCACUGCCCCGCUCCAAUCCAGCGGUUCCACCUUUAAGGCUAAACGCGAUGAGCCAUCUCUACAUCCGUUCCUGAAAUCCAUCCUGAAGAACUCCACUACGAAUGUACAAGAGGACGAAUCCGAUAGUGAAUCCGAGUCCGGUUAUGAGUCGGAUGAUAUCGAAUUUGAUGACUAUGACGCUUUGUCCGAAGAGGACGAUGAAGAUGACAUGUCUGACUUUUCCGUCUGGGAUGAUGAAACUGAGCACAAUGUUCCCGAAACCCACCGGGACCACACUGAUUCAUUCGACGACUCUUUUAUCGGUUUUGAGACUUCGGUCCGAUUUGAUCCUCAAGUGCAAUACAUUGACACCCCAACCACCGAGCUGUCAGAAGAUGACGGAUGUCAUUCUGAGAUGACCGUGCACGAGAUGAUGCUCCUUGCCCAAAAGGGGGGCUGUUCUCAAGUUUCCUCAAAUCAAGCUGAUGCAGACGACUCCCUCUAUGACGACAAUGAAUGUGACCACAAGGAGUUCUUCCGCAUGAAGACCACCCAGCUAGAGGAUUUCACACGCGAUGCGGUCGAUGUGGACCAGCGUCUCUUUAUCGCAUACAUGCACGGGAUUCACGGUAUCGCCGACACGAACUAUAAAACCUAUCUACGCGCCCAGGCGGACAAUAUUAGACUCGGCCACGAGACCGAGUCCAUGCAUCCCGACGAUCCCCCUUGCAUGUACCUAGACCUGAUCCUCGAUCAUGUUAUCGGAGUCUUUCGGAACCUCCUUGCUGAGGAUGAACUCAAUGGACUGAUCGCACUUCGCAGAGAAGACUUGGCCAUUGAGCCUGCCUCAGGGGCUGCUCCAGGUCGAAACCCCCAUCAGGUUCUGCUAGAUAAGAUUGAGAAGUUCCUCCUGAACCGACUGACAAACGGCCAUGUGGACGUUCUCCCCGAUGAGUUAAGCUUCUUUGCUGGCGGAAUUGCACAUGCACUCGGCACUGAGGAUUUGCCACCAUUCGUCUGA